AUGAGUACAAGCGGGAAAGGGAAAACUCUCCUCUUCGAACAUCUGCCCUACAUUCGCUUUGGGGGCAGCAUCCAGGGCGUGCUGUUCCUCGUAUUCGCGAAUGGAGAGGCCUACUUCUACCCUCUCAACGACAAGACGAAGGGCGAUUCGCCCAACUCAGCGAAAAUGAUCACCCUUGAGCAGUCAGGCCGCAAAUUCGUCAGACAAGCUGACGCGCGCUCAGAUGCCUCGAAGCCGGCCAGAGGGAACGACAAGUACUUCGUGUACGAUGUGGCGCUCAAUCUGAGCCCCGAGUUCAAGGUCUUCACCUUUGCCUUCCCUCACGGCAAGGGCAGCGCCGCAUCUUCUUCUUCCUCCUCCUCUGGUGGUAAAGGCGCCGGAAAGGCGGGAGGGCGAGGAGCCAGCAGCGAUCUGGCGAGGCAACCGCCCAGAAAGAUCCUUCUCAGCCCCAACAAGCGCCUUCUCCUGAUGCACGGCGCGCUGCACAAGGGACAGAACAGCCUCCUCGUUUACCAGAUCAUGGAGGACACUCCGCCGUACUUUCGUCUCAUCUUUUACGAUAUGAGCUUCACCUUCCUCGACGCCUGCUUUUCGCCCGACUCGAAGAGUCUGGUCACCAUCCCCAGCCGCUACCCGUGCUUCAUCUUCCUCCUCAACCUCAACUUUGUUCUGGGCAGAGUGCGGAACCAGCACGCCAGCAGCUCUGCUGCCGCACAGGCUAGAGCCACGACCGAGGCCACCCAAGGAAAUGGCACCAUCGACAUUGCCUCAUCGUUCGCUUUUGACGCAGCUGCCGAGAGCGAUACGGUAACCAUGAAGAAGAUCUCCUUCGACCCCCGCGUUGUGGGGCCGCUGGCCAUUAUCGGCCCGGCCACCGGCGCUUUUGACCAACCGUUGAAGAUGGCGCACAUCAGCUCAUCCAACAACAUUCGAGCUGCACCGGUCAACCCGAAGCCAUUCCAUUUCGUGACAUGGAACGACGAAGGCACGGGCGAGUAUUGCCUGUGGACCAUCAUCGCCAAUCGCAAGGAGAAGGAGACCAUCCAGUUCGAGUGGUAUCCACGGUUGCUUUACCCAAAGAUCCGAGACAGCGCGUGGUUGGAGGACUCGCACACGCCCAAGAACUUUAUUCUGGAUAUCCAGUUUUCGACCAAGGAAGGCGGCAAGCUACUGAUUCUCUUACGAAGGGAGAACUACGGCAAGCCCUCUCUCAACGGCAUCGGCAUUCAGAUGGUCAAGUUGUCUUCCAAGCGGCCCAUGGGCGAGGAACCAGCCGACAAGCUCACGAAGAAGAUCUGCUGGUACCAGUGCACCGAGUCGCUAGACCGAAAGGACGUGUUGGCUCUGAAGUGGACAAACACGCUCUUAUUGGGAAACAACAACUCUGGCGCCAUCGUGAUUGAGGGCAAGGGUCUGUUCGAGCUGGUCGACUACUACUUUGCAUCUUCCUUCCAGACCUUGUAUGACGAGUUUGUGCAUAACGUGUGCAACUUCAUCCAAGUCGGGCGCUACCACCGAUUCUGGACCGAUGUGGACGGCAAGCUGAACGUGAUGGUCGUCACGCCACAGCAGACCUCCAUUCAUCCAGAGUGGCGAGAGCUGUUUGACCAGUCCUCCCAGGCCAUCCAGCAGCAGUUCCUCAACAUGCGACAUCUCGGCAGGCGCAUCGGCUACUUCAUCACCGAUAUCCGAAAAGAGGACACCGGUGACGACUUGGAGAAGAUCCAUGCUAGAGAGCGCGGUACCAAGGGCAAGGCUAUCGUAGACAAGCCUGGCACCACGGGCAACGGAGAAGAAGCAGCCUCCUCUUCCGGUAGCGGUAACAUCGACGCGUUCUUCGGCAUGCAUCUGUACCGCUGCUGGAACUGCAAGCGAACGCUGCUCAAACCUCUUCAGUGCUCGCGCUGCCAGUCCGUUGUCUACUGCAGCCGCACCUGCCAGCGAGAUGACUGGGCGAAGCACAAGGUCGCGUGCGACCAGACUUGUCCCACCUACAAAGUCGUCAAGUGA